AAGUGUUUACACAAAGGCUUUUCUUUCCAUUUGACACAUCAAUCCAAUUAUAAACAGAAUAUUUGUGGGCAUGUAAACAUAGCUGCUUUAAAUUAUGUUUAGAACAAACCAUGAAAAUCUCUUCAAUGAUGGUCACAGAUCUUAUUUUACUCAUAAAUCAAAAAACGUAUUUCUAAAAAUCACAUUAGAAAAUCCUUCUGGGGUGGCUUUCAACUUGACAUCAUGACUGAGCAGCUCCAUUUAUUUAUAAUAUUUGCUUAAUUUGAUAGGUAAAAAUGGCUCUCCGUACAUCUGGUCACUUACUCCUGGGCGUAGUGAGGAUCUACCACAGAAAAGCCAAGUACCUGCUGGCAGACUGCAAUGAGGCUUUUAUUAAGAUUAAAAUGGCUUUUCGCCCAGGUGUGGUCGACCUGCCUGAGGAGAACCGUGAAGCUGCCUACAACGCCAUCACAUUACCCGAAGAAUUUCACGACUUCGAUCAGCCUCUUCCAGACCUGGACGACAUUGACGUUGCUCAACAGUUCACCCUGAAUCAGUCGCGUGUGGAGGAGAUCACAAUGCGAGAAGAAGUGGGAAACCUCAGUCUACUGCAGGAGAAUGACUUUGCUGAUUUCGGGAUGGAUGACCGAGAGAUGAUGCGAGAGGAAGGUGCAUUUGAAGUGGACAUCAUCCAUGGGGCGUCUGCGUCUAACCUGCUGCUGGAGUCAGAGUCAAGUAGCGGACAGAUUGCUGACAAGUCCAAUCACCUAGAGUACGACCAGUACAAGGAUGACUUUGGAGACAACCCUAUGGAGAGCACAGAGGGAGGCAUGCUGGUGGACAAGCUGCUCAGUAACGAGGAUGGAGGUGGUAUUUUUGAUGACCCUCCAGCCAUCACUGAGGGUGUGAUGAUGCCCCAAGACCACGGUCGAGAUGAUGAUGAUGAUUUUGACAACCUUUCACCAGCAGGAGGUCCAGACAGUCCUGAUUCUGGUCCUGUGGAGCAGCUGCCCACCAUGACAGACCAGACUGAACAGACCACCCUAGUCCAUAAUGAGGAGGAGGCUUUUGCUUUGGAGCCCAUCGACAUUACAGUGAAGGAAACCAAAGCAAAAAGAAAGAGGAAGCUGAUUGUGGACAGUGUGAAGGAGCUGGACAGUAAGACCAUCCGUGCCCAGCUGAGCGACUACUCCGACAUUGUUACCACUCUGGAUCUGGCUCCCCCUACCAAGAAGCUGAUGAUGUGGAAGGAAACAGGAGGAGUGGAGAAGCUCUUCUCUCUGCCAGCUCAGCCCCUCUGGAACAGCAGACUGCUCAAGAUGUUCACACGCUGCCUGACCCCUUUGGUGCCCGAUGAACUGAGGAAGAGAAGAAAGGGUGGAGAAGCAGACAGCUUAGACGAGUUCCUCAAAGACCUGGAGAACCCUGAGGUGCCACGAGAAGAGGCCCUGUCUCAGCAAAGAGACAUCAUUGACCAGACCAUCCUGGAGGAGUCCAGUGUUCUGCAGGCUUCAGCCAUGGAGGGCAGUCGCACGACCCUUGAUGAAUCAGUCAUGCCUCCUCCAUCUGGACCCCGUGGACAAAAGCGCAAAUCUCAGGACACAGAGCCUGCCCUACCUAUGCUGGAGGAUGAUCGUUCCUCCAUUGUGUCCACACAGCAUGUGAACAUGCAGCAGGUGGACCUUCCACCUGAGGAACUGGGCAACAUUGCACAGCUCAUCCCUGAACUCGACCUGAUAGGAGAGAAGAGCAAAGAGAAGAAGGAUGAUGAGGAGGAGGAGGAGGAAGGUCAAAGCGGAGACCAGGAUCAGGAGGAGAGAAAGUGGAACAAGAGGACGCAGCAGAUGCUGCACGGUUUACAGAGAGUCAUUGCUAAGACCGGAGCAGAAUCGAUCAGCUUGCUGGAUCUGUGCAGAAACAACAACAAGAAACAAGCAGCUGCUAAGUUCUACAGCUUUCUCGUGCUAAAGAAACAGCAGGCAGUGGAGCUCAGGCAGGACGAGCCCUACAGUGACAUCAUCGCCACCCCUGGCCCCAGAUUUCACAUUAUAUAGACUUUUUAAUGGUCAACACUGGCAGAUUUGAUUCUUUCUAAUAGUUUUGUUUGUAUAUAAUGUGUUAUGUAUUUCUGUGCAUGUGCAUUUUCAUGCAUACUACAUGUGCGCCCAGUCUCGCGUGCAAAAAAAAGACUUUUAUAAUGUCAAAAAAGUGCUUCUUUUAACAGUUUCUCAAUACAAGCAUGCACAUUGGACAAAAAACUAAAUGGUUCUGAACUGUUCUGACCUGGUUGAGGUUAAAAAUAUAAUGCUUUGUUCUCAAACUUACAGAAACGCUUAUCUUAGAAAGUACAAAUCUAAUUGCGAUCAUUGAAGUGAAAUUGCACAGCUGUUGCCACUCAAUUAGUUUGUUGUGCUCACUUUCAAAGGCUUUGAGCCUUCAGUUUGUUCUCUUUAAUCACGUUUUCAGAUGCAUCUGUUUCAUUAUUUAAUGGUUCCUGUUGUUUUGCAUGCUUUGAAUUACAUAUUGACAUGCAACAUACAUGUUUACUUUCAUGAAAGUAUUUUCUUUGUUUAAACAAAAGAGUAACAUUUUAGCUGCUCCAAAGAUAAAAUAAAAUUUAAAAAAAUCAU